UGACAUGUGGGACCCAUGUCAUCUUCUUCCUCCUUCCUUUCUUCUUCCCUUCAUCCCCUCUCCCCUUCCUCUCCGCGGCAGCCCAGAGCGCGCCGCCCAUGGCCCAACGCCACGCCGCCGGCCGCCGCGGCUCCAAGCCGGAAUGGGCGCGCCGCCGGCCGCCACCGCUUGAAGGCUGCAGGAGCAUCGCCACUCUGCAUGGACCAGGACCUACCGGCGGCGGCAAGGGAGCUCUGCUGGGAGAUGGCGUGCGGCUGGGAUUCCUCCUUGAGGACUAAAAUAAUUACCAGGGUAGUCCCCAGUCCCCACAUCGCCGACCGCGCCGCGCCGCGCCCGGACGAGGCGCUGGGCUCCAGCUUCGACGCCGAGAAGCGCGAGAUACGGGAUCUGGAGGAGCCCCUCUCCAAGCUCAAACCCAUGGCCGAGCAGUUCGUCCGCCCUCCCUCGCUUCCCACGUCGCCUGCGGGCCGGGCGCCGGCCCAUCCUCCCGAGCUACUUCCCCCGAGCCUCCCCUCCCGGCUCCAAUGGCCGCCACCGUGUUCGGAGGAGGCGCUGGUCUCCAACUCCGCCGCCAAGGAGCGCAAGAUGCGGGGAUUAGGAGGAGCUCCUCUCCAAGCUCAACCCCAUGGCCGAGGAGCUCGUCCCGCCCUCCCUCACCUCUCUCGGCGCCGGCGGCGCCCGCGCCGCUCUUCCCCACCUCCCUCGUGCUUUGUCCCCGUGCAAAGCGGCCUCGCCAGGCCGCUGCUGCUCACCGGCGACGAGAUGAAGACGAGAAGAGAAAAGGAGAAGAAUGGACGGAGGAAGGGGAUGACAUGUAUGCCCGGAUGUUUAGUGAGUGGAGAGAGGAUUACAACAUAAAUAUUUUAGUCUAUACGGUAAUAUGAAUGUCUUCA